AAUGGAGGAUCCCUUGCUGAACUUACGCAGUAGACAUUCAAAGUAAAAUUGGGGAAUCAUUCCCUUUUUAACGGUAACAUAAAAACAGUUCGGCGAAAACAUCCAUACCUUCGUGACUGUUAUAAAGAAUGACCGUCAGGCUUUGAACAAAGAACACAAUUACAAUGAAUUGUGAUGUAACAUUUUUAUGUUAAUGUUUGCUGAUCGCAACUUCUUCUAAGGAACUCUGCAGACAAAAUAUCAAAAGGAUUGUGUUAAUUAUAGGAAGCCGUACAUAAAAAUAUGCACUCAUAAAUACCUAUUGGUCCGCAAAACGGGAAUCAUAGAUUGAACUUCAAGGUCAUGCUUUCUGACACUGUUCGUGUGUGUGUAAAAGUGCGUCGAUUAAACGAAAUUCUAUUUUAUCGUAUUGAUAUUUCCUAACCGUUUCCAUCCAAUAAUUGUGAAGCCGCAGUGAAGAGAUUAUCAAACUGUGAGUUACCCAUAACACAGCUCAGUGUGCUACAUAUAAGUACACACACUCUUAUAUUUGUAAUCGAGAAAUUUACUCAGAUGGAAUCUAUUCAAAUAUAAAUGGUAUAGAUUAUUUGGAUGAGUGCUGUGUUUAAACCGUAAAUGCAAGUGAACGUUUCGUUUAAAUAUUUAAUAAAGCUUCUGCAAACAAAUUUUCAUAUUGCUCAACCCUACAGGCGUCAUACAAUUAUCGUAUGGGACGUCUGGCAGAAGAGCGUGCAAAAGAUUCGGAGAAUAUAGGAGUUACGCGAGAAAGGCAUGUGUCGUCAGUAUCGCACGGUUAUUUAUGAUCUUAUUUAUGAUAAAGAUAAUGAAAGUGAAACAACUGUCAUUAAUACACGUGACAUUAUGAUGACAAUGCUGCUGAAAUCCGAGGAGUUCAGGAUCAAGAUGGCGCUUUUCGGGAUGGUGUGGCUAUUGCGCGUGCGCGCCGAAAUGCGUCGUUGCGCCAAGUGUCGACGAGAGGAAAUGCAACAAAAACAGCAGCAGCAGCAGCAACAACAACAACAACAACAACAACAACAACAACUCCAACAACAAAGGCAGGAAAGUCUGCAGUCCAGUGAUGACCACAUAUCGACCUCUUCUGCAGCCACGUUUUAUACUCUGGAUACCCCUGGUCCUGGUGGCACCUACUGUGAGGUUCACGGCUAUGUCCCGCCCAAGGAAGAUAUCCAGGAAUUCUACGAGCUGACACUUCUGGACGACACGAAGUCCAUCCAACAAAAAACUGCCGAGACGAUCCGUAUAGCAAACAAAUGGGAGGCGAGCGACGGACCCAUAACCCCCACAUAUGGCAACAAUGACGGCAGCUACGACGGUCGGGUCUCUGGAACUCUGCUGCCCCUGACACAGGCUCUCAUGACACUUCAGGAUCGCCGUUCCGCUAGUCCUGAUGACCCGCAACUAGCCUAUUCACAGAAAACGCGGUACAGUACAGAGGAGGAGCUACCUCCACCGCCAUCUCCGCCACAGCUGAAGGAGGUUUCGUCCUUGGACGGAGUACCACGACCCACAUCGACAGAGAGGAUCCUCGCAGAGACCGCAGCCCAGCAUGUCAUCUUGAGGGACGGACACCAGCAGAGCAAUGACAGCUGGCAGGGGCAUGACAGUGAUCAGGCGCACACACCUCUCCUGUCAGGAGAUAACAAACAUGUGAAUGGUGACGCGGAAUGGGAAUACGAAGAGAUCGUACUGGAACGAGGCGGCGCAGGUUUGGGGUUCAGCAUCGCCGGUGGCACAGACAACCCGCACAUCGGCGAUGACACGGCCAUUUAUAUCACGAAACUCAUCCCCGGCGGGGCGGCGGCGGCUGACGGCAGGCUACGCGUUAACGACACCAUUCUGCAAGUUAAUGAUGCGACAGUGGUGGACGUGCCGCAUGCCGCGGCGGUGGAUGCCCUCAAAAGGGCUGGCAAUGAAGUCAGACUGUAUGUCCGAAGACGCCGCAGUCCAGGCAAUGUCCGUUUGCUGGAGAUUGAGCUGCUUAAGGGCACGAAAGGCCUCGGGUUCAGUAUUGCAGGUGGAAUAGGCAACCAGCACAUACCAGGUGACAAUGGCAUCUAUGUGACCAAGAUUAUGGAUGGUGGUGCGGCGCAGAUUGACGGUCGGCUGUUGGUCGGAGACAAGCUGGUCGCAGUCCGCAACACGCCGCAUGGAGAAAAGAACUUAGAAAAUGUUACACACGAAGAAGCAGUAGCAACGUUGAAGGCCACACAAGACCGAGUUGUGCUGCUUGUGGCAAAACCUGAAACAGCUUACCUGCCACCACCACCAGAUGUCUCAAGUACGCCACCUCCACCUCCCCCUUUGGAAACACCAAUGCCAUAUUCAGACUCGCUCAAUGCAUCAAUGGCUCUGCAGGCAUCCACACCACGAGCUGUCAGUGAAGAAGACAUUUCUCGGGAGGCACGCACUGUGGUACUUAGCAAAGGCAAUACUGGAUUGGGCUUCAACAUAGUAGGUGGAGAAGAUGGUGAAGGCAUCUUUGUGUCAUUCAUUUUGGCUGGUGGUCCAGCAGACUUGAGUGGAGAGUUGCGACGUGGGGACCAGAUUCUCAGUGUAAAUGGCAUCAACUUACGUUCUGCCACUCAUGAAGAGGCCGCACAGGCGCUCAAGGGUGCAGGCCAAACUGUGACAAUUGUAGCCCAAUACCGGCCAGAAGAGUACAACCGCUUUGAAGCAAAGAUCCAUGAUCUGAAACAGCAGAUGUCCCAGCAGAUCAUGUCUGGCACCCUCAUGAGGACCUCACAGAAACGAUCUCUCUAUGUCCGGGCUUUGUUCGAUUACGACCCAAAUAAAGAUGAUGGGCUACCAAGUAGAGGAUUACCUUUCCACUAUGGUGACAUCCUUCAUGUAACAAAUGCAAGUGAUGAUGAAUGGUGGCAAGCACGGAGAGUCCUUGCCACAGGCGAGGAGGAAGGUAUGGGUAUUGUGCCAUCCAAACGUCGUUGGGAACGGAAGCAGAGGGCACGAGACAGAACAGUCAAAUUUCAAGGGCAUGUGCCUGGAGGGGUUAUCCUUGACAAGCAAUCCACAUUAGAUAGAAAGAAGAAGAAUUUCUCAUUCAGCCGAAAGUUUCCUUUCAUGAAGAGUAAAGAUGACAAAUCAGAAGAUGGCUCAGACCAGGAACCCUCACCUACCACCCCAAACAACGAUGGUGAUCCUACAACAGUACCUUUCAUGCUGUGCUAUACACAAGAUGAUACUCAUACGGAAGGUGGAGAAGAAACUGUGUUGUCAUAUGAGGCUGUACAGCAAUUGCAAAUCCAGUACACAAGGCCUGUCAUCAUCCUUGGACCCCUAAAAGACCGAGUUAAUGAUGACCUCAUUUCAGAGUUCCCAGACAAGUUUGGUAGCUAUACAACAAGGCCAAAGCGUGAAUAUGAAGUGGAUGGGCGGGAUUAUCACUUUGUUGCUUCACGUGAACAAAUGGAACGUGACAUUCAGAAUCACCUGUUUAUUGAGGCAGGCCAAUAUAAUGAUAACCUGUAUGGCACAUCAGUUGCAUCUGUUAGGGAGGUAGCUGAAAAGGGCAAACACUGCAUCCUUGACGUGAGUGGCAACGCCAUCAAGAGGUUACAGGUAGCACAACUGUUCCCCAUCGCCAUCUUCAUCAAACCAAAGUCCAUUGAAUCCAUCAUGGAGAUGAACAAACGUAUGACAGAAGAACAGGCCAAGAAAACCUUUGAACGUGCCAUGAAGAUGGAACAGGAAUUUGGAGAAUACUUCACAGCUGUAGUGCAAGGUGACACACCUGAAGAUAUCUAUGUGAAAGUCAAGGAGGUGAUCCAGGAGCAGGCUGGGCCCACCAUUUGGGUGCCAUCAAAAGACCAGCUGUGACGGGGCGCCUCGCCCUCCCCUUGGACCCUGCCUGCUCGCCAUGCCCAUUGAACAGACCGUACAGCACCAUGCUAGGCCAAGAUAUGUUCAGUCUGACUUUUCCUGAUUGCAACAAUUUGCUGUUGUGAAGGAGUGCCAAACCUCAGUUCACAAAGUCAGCUGGUGCAAGAAACUGUGUAUUCGGGGCAAAUUGUGCCAGGAGCGGGAGGACAGGCCAACAGGAAGGAGAGUGGCUAUAAUGACUUGCCAACUAGGGAGUGGAGGAGGAAAAUCAGAUAACCUCAAGUCACAAUGAUUGCCCCUCCCCUAUCCCUUUUGGUGUUUCAAAAUGUACAUUGUAACACUAGUUGAAUGAAUUUUCAGACUGGACGUGUACAGACUGCAGUGAUAAUUACAGGCAAUGUGUUAUCUGCCCACCAUGGCUCCAACUUAUUUUGCCUUUUUUUUAACAAAGACAUUAAAUGUCACCAUACAGUCAUUUAAAGAUCUGUUAACUCUUAAACUGUACCCAAAAUUCACUUACUGCAAAUUGUUUCUUGUUCUUCACUAAUCGUAUCACCUCGAAACAGAUGCUUUAUUGAAUUGUGAUGUAAGUUAUGCGGAGUGUUCUAAUGUUCAUGCAAUGUGUAUAUGUUAUCAGCUGGAACAGGGUUUUUGUUCCCCUGAUAAGAUACCGGGAGAUUAGCCCAAUUUUGUGAUUCUGGUGACUCGUCACUGGCCAAACCUUUUUCCUCAGAAUUAUUUAGUAACAUAUUUUUCAUAGCAGUUUCCCCUUAUUUGCAACAUAAGUGGUACAUAAAAGUAUUUAAUCUUGAGUGUAAUUGUAAGUUGCUUGUUGGGCUGAUCUGCUAAAGACAAGUGUUGUAAGGCCAUGUGAUGUUCUGAUAGUCUUUGAAGUGUGAUGGUGACUGAUAUUAACUAAUCUUUUCUAUCGUAAUUUAAUGCAAAUUUUAAACCCGUUAUGGGUUGUUGGAUACUCUUGCAGUUAUGAUAUCUAGUAUAAUGAAGGAAACAGCUCCAGAUAGGCAGAAGAGGUAUGGUACAUGAUUAUUGCAAGUCUUGAAACCCUGCCACAGACAAACAAAAUUGAAGGCGUUUUUGAAGAGUUCUUUUUAUUGAUCAUUUAAAUGUGCAAGUUUGAGGUAACAGUAACUGGGUACUAUGUAUAAUUGUGUUGUUCCAUGUGGUAUGAUGAGUCAUGGAUUUUUAAAUUUAUGAUAGAGUUUUGGGUUUACAAGAAACUUUGUUCCUAGUAACAGCUCAUAUAAAUUUCUCAUAUUUUGUAUGCCUGGUGCCUCCAUCAGAUGUGGCAGUGUUACAGACAUGCACUACAGCAUCCCUCCUUUCAGUACUCUUCAACAUGAUACUCCAAGCAGCAAUAGAUCUUUCUUUUUUUACCAUUAUCCAGGUCACUGUGUGAUGAGUGAGGAAAAGUAAGGUGUGUAUGCUUUCCCAUGGAGAAACUUGUUUGUUAUAUCCAGUGGCUGCAGCUGUGUAAAAGUGUUGUUGAAUAAUUAUGUAAACAAGAAAAUAAUUGCCCAUUUCAUUGAAAGUGUAAAUAAAGUUACAUCCCCUUGAA